AAUACCGUGCCAGAGCAGGAACGCAUGCACCAUGUGUACGGGGAAAAUGUUGUUGGCAACGUAGCGAGAGAGGGAUAAUCGAUUGAGUAACGGAGAGCGAACACAUCCACUGGCUGUGGAAGCUGCGUGAAGCGCGGAGGCGUGCGUGGGGCGGUGGCCUGAGAUCGGAAGGAGGGAGGGAGUUUGUGCCGGAAAAGUCCUGGCGUGUGCGGUGCACCAGGGGAUAGAUUUCGGUAUCGAAUUCAGUUCAUUCUACACCGUCGCGUCGUCGUGGACCCGUUGCUAAGCGUCUGCCGCUAUCGUCAGCGUGGAAACGUACGCCAGCGGGCGCAUUCCAGCAGCCACAGCAGCGGAUGCAGUGAUUCAAGCCAAACAGCUGCCACCGCCAGUGUGUUGAUUGUGUGAAUUCGGUGAAUCUUGUCUUGCCGGGAGUGUCUGCCGUCUUUCGGGGACGGAGGUAUUGUUUGUUGGCGACAGUUGUGUUUUCCUUUCAUUAAAAAAAAAACGAUUAGCUCGACUUGUUGGAGGAAUUUCAAAUGCAUGCCGAUUGUUAACACCAAAAUUUAUCGAUACAGUCCAGCUCUCCAGCAAAAUACGCACAGCAUAGAUCAAAAGAUAACAUUUCGAUAGAGUUUGCACCAAGUAGAUUUUAUGAACAAAUUUGUGAGUUAGAGUUACCCUGCAAGACGUGACGACGAACCAGUACACAUCGAGUCAGGAAAUUCACUUUCACUUUCACGGUUCCAACAAAUUCAAUGAACGACGUGGGGGGGACGGGUCAGGAUCAUCGCCAGAAUCGAGUUAUCAAUGAUAUGAUGGCUGAUAGAGUGCAAUAGAUAAAGUCUGCGCUAUCGUAAACAGAGCGAGUGAAUGUGAGGCCAGAUAAGAUAGAGCGAGAGAGCGAUACAUCGAGAGAAGCGAGAGAGAGAGAGAAAGAUCGCAGUGUGUGAGAAUGAGCUGGUCCUGAAGAUUCCAUCCCAUCGUAGCCGCACAGCGGUAUGCCCCAAAAGCGUGCCGAUUUCAUUCAGUAUCGAUUUUGUUCGAUUGCUCGUCCGAGAGACGCUGUGCAGCUCUACGCUUCCACUCCCAAUCUUCAAUCCAAUCGGCAUCCAUCCACACUCGCUGGCACUGGCCCACUCCUAUCGGUCCCCACCCCGCUGUGCAUACGAAAUCAGGCCACUUGGAAGGAUCGAACCCCGUCUUGAGUGGCUCGGGCAGCACAGCCGUAGUGAUGGUGAUGGUGUAACCUACAUUCGGCAGGAUCCCAUGGUAACUUCCUACGAGACGACGCCAGGCUUGAUCAGACGCCCAGAGUCCUUGCAGCUAGGAUUACGGAACCAUUCAGACAGGCUGCCGAGUGCAUCACUGCAAUCGCUUUAAGUCGGCGUCUGUACGGGGAAGGCAGGCGAGUAGCGUGAAACAUGGGGGCCCAUGGUCGUCCUUGAGACAAGUACCUUAUCACCAACCUGCUGACCCUUCCGCGUACUGUUGUGAUAUGUAAUUCAAUGAAUGAACUUUACGUUAACCGACGGCUAAUUCAGAAGUCAACCGGCUGUUGAUCGAUCAACGGUAGAUAGUUAAUCCGUUGGGUGGCUUAUUUCUCUCAUAGUUCAGUGUGUUGGUCUGUUGGCGUGUGUGAGUGUGUACAUUUGUGUCCAGUGCGUAUUUGAGAGAUUUCAAGAACUGUGAUUCAACGCUAUUGUAUGUUGAAACUAAGGUUUCGAAAGCAAACAAACGAUAGCAGCAUAAUACAACGAAAGCCAUAUACGGAUAUAAACCAAACAAGUUGAUUGUUUGCGGAAGUGUGUACUGCUUGGUAUCUUACGCAGCAAAACUAGGCUUGGAGUGUGCCGAUAAACCAAUUCCGACGCAAUGAUGUACAACAGGCGCUGCAACAAUAUGUCCUAUUGUGGGAAAUCCUACUCGCUGCACAACUCAUUUUCCUCACCCGAUAGCGUGCCCAACCAACACACCUACGUGCAGUAUGUCGACUCGGACAUGUACAACACUUCCGGCCAGGGACAGACGCAAAUGACCUAUCCCGUGUACACCGUUGGGGAUUACGGCACAAAUGGGCAGCAGCAGCAACAGCAGUACUACACCACGGGUGGAGCCUACGGUACGGCGGGUGCUGGCACGGGAAGCACUCACACCGACACUACCGGCAACGGCACCAGCAACGGUACCGGCACCACCGGAACUGGCCCGAACGGCGUCAAUGGCAGCGUAUCGUCCGGCAACGGCGGUUCCGCUGCCGGCAACGCUAAUCAGCAGCAGUACAUUGUGCCCGUGGAUGAGUCGGUCCUGCUCGGCAGUGCCGGCAGCGGGAACACUUCCGGUGCGCAGCAGCAGCAGUCCGAUUCGUCGCCACAAAACAUGACGGACGUAGCGUCCUACUUGCACGCGCACCAAACGGCUUCCGUUGGUCAGGAGCUCGACUCCGCGCCCAAUAUGACCCACGCGGCCCGCGUUCUGCCCGCCACGGUGAGCUGGCUGAUGGAGAACUACGAAACGGCGGACGGUGUCAGCUUGCCGCGAUCGACACUGUACAACCACUACAUGUGGCACUGCAACGAGAACAAGCUGGACGCGGUGAAUGCGGCCAGCUUCGGCAAGCUGAUCCGUUCGGUGUUUAGCGGGCUGCGGACGCGCCGGCUGGGUACGCGGGGCAACAGCAAGUACCACUACUACGGCAUUCGCAUCAAACCGACGUCCCCGCUGGUGCAUGCGAUCGAGUGUAAGCCUCAGCACGGUUCGGGCGGUGUUGGCGGGCUCGGCGGGAUGGUUGGUCACCAUCAGCAGCUGGGUGGAAGCAACGGGCUCGGUGGCGGAAAUGGAACGGGCGGCAACAAUGGGAUGCAUGGCCACGCCGGAGGCGGCAAUCACGCGAACGGACUGCAUGGCAGCAAUGGCAGUUCCAUGGCGCACGGCGGUGGUGGUGGUGGUGGUGGCGGCGGCGGUGGCCAUUUACAGCAAGGUGUGGUUGGGGGUGCAAAUGGAGGCGGUGGAAGUGGAGGCGGCCAUGGUAUGGCGAUGCACCAUGGUCGUGGUAAGAAGAACAGCUUCAAGGCGGAAAUGCCCGAGUCCUGUGCGCAGUAUCUGGGCGAUCCGAACGGUGCCAUACCGCAGUUUCCGAUCAUAGACAUGAUUCACCCCCUGCCGGACGAUAUCACAAUGGAGGACGUGGACACGCUGCGCUCGAUCUACCGCGAGCACUGCGAGGCGUUCCUGGAUGCUAUCCUGAACCUGGACUUCAACAUGAUCGAAUCGCUGUGGCGCGAGUUUUGGCGCGCCGAGAACAACAACAACAACGGGGACGAGUGCGAGGAGGAAAAGUAUCUCAGCAAGCAGAAGCUGUACCUGCUGACGCAGUGCGAACCGGUGCAGGAGUUUGUCAAGCACGUCGACCUCCAGUUCUACCAGAGCAUGGUGGACGUGCUGAUCCCGGACGUGCUGCGACCGAUACCGACCGGGCUGACUCAGGCGAUUCGCAACUUUGCGAAGAACCUCGAGAACUGGCUAACGUCGGCGAUGGGCGGCUGCCCGGAGCCGAUCGUCGCGAUAAAGCUGUCGGCGGUGGCCGCCUUUGGGCAGACGCUGCGCCGCUACACCUCGCUCAACCAUCUGGCGCAGGCGGCCCGGGCCGUGCUGCAGAACGGCACGCAGAUCGCCCAGAUGCUGAGCGAUCUGAACCGGGUCGACUUCCGCAACGUGCAGGAGCAAGCCUCCUGGAUCUGCCAGUGCGAUACGGCGGUGGUGCAGCGGCUCGAAAACGACUUCAAGGCCGCCCUGCAGCAGCAGAACACGCUCGAGCAGUGGGCGGGCUGGCUGCAGAACGUGGUCGAUGACGCGCUGCAGGAAUACCGGGGCAAGCCGAGCUUCGUGCAUGCCGCCAGACAGUUUCUGCUCAAGUGGAGCUUCUACAGCUCGAUGGUGAUCCGCGAUCUGACACUACGGUCGGCCGGCAGCUUCGGCAGCUUUCACCUCAUACGGCUGCUGUACGACGAGUACAUGUUCUUCAUCAUCGAGCAUAAGGUGGCAAAGGCGACCAACACUACGCCGAUUGCGGUUAUGGGAGAGAAAAUCAACUCGCGUCCCGUACAAGACGAUCUGGACCGGAUGCUCUACACCAGCGAGUACGGCAUGGUCAACGUGAAGCUGGAGCCGAGCGCGAAACGGAUGCGCAGUUAGUCAAUUAAACGCGAAACCAUGUCCACCGUCAGCGGUGGCACUGGCUGAAGUAGUGCGGCCCCGGCCGGAGGAUGGUGCCGAUUUGAAGCAUUCCCGUUUUGUGUAGCGUCGCUGUAGCCAGCUUUGCACUGUGUUUGUGCUGUAGUGCAUUUAGUGCGGCGUGUCGUUCGCACCUAGGCAACACUUCCGGAUGUACAACAGCAGCGGCAUACCUUUCUACGCACGCCAUACGGUUUCACGCGACCGCGCAGACAGUCGCGAAGCGCCUACGACCUUUGUAUAGAGGACCGUUUACCGAGAUUUGUUUGUAAGCCAUUCCUAACAUCCCUUGUAUGUUUAAUUUAGCCGUUCAGAGGGGGGAGGGCGUGACCACAGCUAUGGGCGCCAGUUGACGGUUCGGCUCGAUCGUCAGUUUGGGUCCGUAGAUCGUGAUCGAAAACGGCAUUAAAAAACUAGCGGGUUUCACUUAUUCCGAUAAAGAUAGAAAUUAUUUAUUAUUUAUUUUGACCGCCCUCCGGUAAUCCCUUCCACGCGGAAGUGGGCCCAACUGGAGGGUACGACUCUAGAAGAAAGCAGAGAGAGCGAGAGCAGGGCUUUGCGUUCCGUUACGGUUUAUUUUCUUUUCGCCUCACACCUUUCUCAAGCACAAAUGUAGGGAAAGAUACAGAACUAAUAGUAGCGCAGGGGGUGCGUGAGUGCGUGGGGCAGGGGGGGUCAUAUUUAUAUAAGUGCACGCGCAUCGUACCGAAAUGUACCGAAAUGAAACGAGCUAUAGAGACACGUAUCUGCCCGAACUGGGCUGGUGAGAAAUGGAAUUGAAUGUAAGUUAGUUCUACUUGUUACUACUAUACAUAGCGUGUGUGCGUGUUAUUUUCUGCCAUACCACUCGUGACGAUGGUUUAUUCAUCGCUUCCGGGAAAGUGGAGGAGAGGAGGUGGGUGGGAAUAUUGUUGGACCGUUUUUUUUUAACAAAAGCCACGACAACAAACAAAGUAAACUGACAAAAGAAAUGGGUUUUCAGAUCGCGAAAGAGAAUAUAGAUGUAUAUUUAUUGGCCAACCAACCGUCCGGGAAGGUUUGGUGGUUUUGCUGCUUCUGGGUCCCAAUUUUUAGUCUUAGAAGUAACCAAGAAGAAAAGGUAGAUCAAAGCUUAACUAUGCAACUAUAGUUUGUAAAGCGAUGAAGGGACGGACGCGAUUCAACCUGUUCGAUGGAUUAUAUUAAAUAUGUAUGUGCCUGUCUCGUGAUCAUCAGCAGAGAGAACAAAGCGAAACCCCGUAACGAAAAGAAAAACCAGAUAAAUUGUAGAGUAAUGUUGCAAAACUCCAAAUCAUUUAUAAAGGGAACAGGUGGAGAAAGAUAUCCUCCUUAUGGGCGUAAAUGACGGCGCAGAAUAAAUUACACCGUUUGCCGCAAAUACUGAGGAAAGGAUAAAUUUUAAAACCAUUCAAAAUCGAAAAAGGCGUUACCGUUUUUCCAUUAACAUAGACGUACGAUGUGUGUGUGUUCGUGUGUGCGAUGAUCUCGGCUUACAAAUCAAACAGACCGCACGCGCAUGCCAAGGGAGGGAAGGGAAGUAUUUCGUUUUAACGAAUGUCGCAUUCUGGGUCGUCCGCAUCCUGCGCCCUGCCCUGGAGCACGCGCACCGGAAUCGAUACCAUCUAGUCGCGAAUGUCAACCAAAUACGAAUGAUUAAAACAACUGAGCUGCUGGUACACGCUUGCGCUGAGUCAUAGGUGUGUAAGUGUAAUUUACCAAAAAUAAAUCUGAAAUGGUUUAACCUCUGGCUUAAGAAAAACGUAUAACAUGGGCAGAGUGGGGACUUAGUUUGGUGGUAAAAUAUUUACGAAUUCAAAGGGACAACAACGGCCGUUUCAUGUCCGAAGUGUAGGGGAGAAGACAUGCACUGUGCAAUUUUUGUUUUGCAAUUAACCGGCGAGUGCACGGAGCAAAUAACAAAAGCAUAAAGAAUGGAAAAAGUCAAAAUUUACAACAAAAAAAGAUAGAUAUAAAAACAGAAACAGAACUGGACCGCUUAUCCGAUCGUUGUCUCCGCUCAGGUGCAACCUUCGGGUGCACGUGGGGGAUGACUUUCGUGUUGGGAGAGCGAAAUAACGAUUGUAAAUUUUUUAAAUCAUUUCAAACAAACAAACAAACUGGAACAAAACAAAAGAAAAAACACAAACAAACAGAUGUGUAUUGCCGCUGAGGAUGCCGAAUGAUGAUUCCUUUGAAACUAUUUGAGUGAAAUAAAUAAAUAAUUACCAAGAUGUGUAAA